CAUUUCUCUAGAUGCCGCUUACUCCUGAACAAACACAAAUUUCGAAGGUAUUGUUUCCGGGCUGUCAGUGUCUCUGGGUCUCUGUCAUAUCAUCGGGGUCCGGUUCUGAACAACCAUAUAAUAUCACAGAAUAUCCUGAAUAGAGAAAACGAAAAUACAUUAGGGCUUUUUGAAUUUGUCAAUGGGUUAAGCUGCUUCACUUUGAAACCGGAAGUCGUAAGUUUCUUAGCAACCAUUUUCAAUUUUUCUGGACUUGCAGCAGUAAAUGAGUGCUUUUUAUUAGUUAGAAUACAUUUUAGACAAUUGUAUCGUUACUAAAGAUUGCCAUGACAGGGGAGAGCGAAGCAGUGAAUAUGCAGGCACCUCAAAUAUUUGUAGAGCGGACUUUGGCGAUUAUAAAGCCCGAUGCUGUACACAAAUCUGAAGAAAUUGAAGACAUAAUUUUGAGAUCUGGAUUUACUGUUAUUCAAAAAAGAAGAGUCCACUUAACUCCAGAACAAGCAAGUGACUUCUAUGCUGAACAUUAUGGAAAGAUGUUUUUUCCUAGUCUAGUGGCAUAUAUGAGUAGUGGACCAAUAUUAGCAAUGUGUCUGGCUAGAGAAAAGGCAAUUGCAUAUUGGAGGGAACUUAUUGGACCAACGAAUACACUAAAGGCAAAAGAAACACAUCCAGAUUGUUUGCGUGCUAUUUAUGGCACAGAUGACCAAAGAAAUGCUUUACAUGGCAGCGAUGGUUAUAGUGCAGCUGAGAGAGAAAUUCGCUUCUUUUUUCCAGAUAGUGUAGUAGAGCCUAUACCAGUAGGCCAGGCAGCCAGGGACUACCUUGCUAAAUCUGUAAAUCCAACACUACUAAAGGGACUAACAACUUUGUGUAAGGAAAAGCCAAGAGACCCAGUGGUGUUUUUAGCAGACUGGCUACUUGAAAACAACCCCAACAAGCCUCAGGUUGGAGGCAAAGGUCCAAUAGUGGAAGAACCUAUCUGACCACAAACUCUUAAGGCAUCAACAUACAAGAAACUGCAGUGCAUUUCAUAUCAUUUUACUUAUUGGCAAUUUUGCUUCACAUUUUAAGACAAAUUAAAGAAAAUACCAGUAGAAACAAACUUGAUUUUCAUGCUUUAAACCUCACUUUACUUAAAUAGGAAGUGGGUACAAAAUAGUACAAAAUUGUUAAAAUGUGAAUAACAUGGCCGAGACUGAAAUAUUUUAAGAAUUUGAAAGUGUGGCUGAAGCACAAAAAUAGUGCUAUAGGAAAUUUUAUGGAAAUGUGCCUAACAUAUUGCACAAAAAAAGGUAUAGAAUUACAAAGAAACAAAAUACCUCAAACAUUCCUGUAUCAAUUUUAUGUCAAAGCUUAAAAUAAUAGUAUAUA